GGCGGCUCCUGAUUGGUUGAGGCUGACUUAUCUGUGACAUGGUAUUAGUAUACCGAACGCAUGCGCUGUGUACAGUGAGGCUGCUCCCUGUCCGGGUGUGCGGGUGACCGCUGUCAGCCAUCGCUCCUGAGGGUGACAGUGACAGAUAAACAAGGCGCUCCUGCCCCUCCGCCAACAUCUCCUCUCCCUGCUCAGCCAAUGGGAAGCAGCGUUACAUGCCGGGUCCCUCCUCCUCCUCCUCUUUCCUGAGCACAGUCACAUAUAGAGAGGAACAUGCUGCAGCUUGGAAGGGUCCUGAGACCGUCCUGGGCAGGGCUGCGUUGGCAUCACGGUGCGGCAGCCGAAGUGAAGAAUGAACCAAUCCUCGAGUUUAAACAUGGCAGCCCCGAGAGAGCGGCUCUGCAGAAAGCCCUCCAAGAUCUUAAGGGUAAAACAGAAGAAAUCCCGUGUGUGGUGGGGGGAGAAGAGGUGUGGACCAAGGAUGUCCGAUAUCAGCUCUCGCCUUUCAACCAUUCACACAAAGUCGCCAAAUACUGCUACGCGGACAAGGAUCUUCUCAAUAGAGCCAUCAAUGCGGCCUUGUCUGCACGCAAAGAAUGGGACCUGAAACCGGUGGAAGAUCGAGCACAGAUCUUUUUUAAGGCUGCAGAUCUAAUUAGUGGUCCCAGAAGAGCGGAGGUUCUGGCGAAGACCAUGGUCGGACAGGGUAAGACGGUCAUCCAGGCCGAAAUCGACGCUGCUCCCGAACUCAUCGACUUUUUCCGGUUCAAUGCCAAGUUCGCCCUGCAGCUGCAACACGAACAACCGAUCAGCGUGCCCAUCAGCACCAACACCAUGGUGUACAGGGGCCUGGAGGGUUUUGUUGCCGCAGUCUCUCCGUUUAAUUUCACCGCUAUUGGUGGGAACUUAGCUGGUGCUCCGGCCUUGAUGGGUAACGUGGUCCUGUGGAAGCCCAGUGAUACGGCCAUGCUGUCCAAUUACGCCGUGUAUAAGAUCCUUCUAGAAGCCGGCCUUCCCCCUAACAUUAUACAAUUUGUGCCGGCCGAUGGCCCCGUGUUUGGCGACACUGUCACCAGUUCGGAGCACCUGAGCGGAAUUAACUUCACCGGGAGUGUGCCAACCUUCAGGCGCCUCUGGAAACAAGUCUCCGAGAACCUGGAGCGGUAUCGGACAUUCCCGCGCUUAGCAGGAGAAUGCGGAGGAAAAAACUUCCAUUUUGUACACAAGUCUGCUGACGUGGAAAGCGCAGUGAAUGGCGUGAUCCGCUCGGCCUUCGAGUACAGCGGUCAGAAGUGCUCGGCCUGUUCCCGGCUCUACGUCCCCGACUCUCUGUGGCCCCAGAUCAAAGCUCGACUGAUGGAGGAACACGGCAAGAUCAAAGUGGGAAAUCCUGCAGACGACUUCAGCACCUUCAUGUCCGCCGUUAUUGAUGAAAAGUCAUUCAGACGGAUCCAGGGCUGGAUAAAACACGCUCGGGGGUCUCCCAAUCUUACCGUCUUGGCAGGAGGAAAAUGCGACGACAGCGUUGGUUAUUUUGUGGAGCCCACAAUUAUCGAGAGCAAAGAUCCCAAAGAGAAAAUAAUGUCCGAGGAAAUCUUUGGACCCGUGUUAACUCUUUAUGUCUAUCCAGAGAAUAAGUACAAAGAGGUUCUGCAGCUGAUAGACUCCACUUCCCCUUAUGCCCUCACGGGGGCGGUGUUUGCACAGGAUAAGAACGCUGUGCAGGAGGCGACUGCAGCCCUGAGGAACGCUGCUGGAAACUUUUACAUCAAUGAUAAGUCCACGGGGGCAGUGGUGGCGCAGCAGCCCUUUGGAGGAUCCCGUGCGUCAGGAACAAAUGACAAGCCUGGGGGUCCGCACUACAUUCUGCGCUGGACGUCACCACAGGUCAUCAAGGAAACCCAUGUUCCUUUAAAUGAGUGGCAGUACCCCUACAUGCAAUGAGACUGGCGACCGUACAUGCAGUGUGCUUGGCAGGCAUGGUUUUUCCUCUCCUGUUGAUCCUGGAGACUACUGAACAGUAUUUUAACUGGAAAUUUUAUUUUUUAAAAAGUUUAGCAAAUUAUUUUAACUAAAAUCUACUUUUAUCUGAAACGCCUACACCUUUCCCUGCUGUGGUGGAAACUCUUUUGUUCUUGGAUGUGGACACCUUGAAAUCAGAGAAAAGUCACAGUGGAAAUCCCAAUUGAGACAAUCUAAUUAAGCGUCCGGCACCUGCUCUGCGUCUACGGAGGAACCUGCGGAUCUAGUAAAUCUGGGCAGGUUAUCUAUGGGCGAGAACGCUAUAAUACCGUGGGUAUUUAUUUCACUGGUGCUAGGAGGCGCUGAGUUGUGAAUGUCACAGGGAUUCCCUUUGUUACAUAAUUGGAUCUAAUGUUACUUUUCCGCCAGACUAGAUUGUAAUGAUCUGUCUGCAAGCGACGAGAUUACCAGGAUUUGUGUGGCUUACGGUGGUUUUUCGUAUGAUCUUAGAGGGUAGUCUUCUACUCUUAUGUCAGCGGUGUCUGGUGAUGCUCCUGCAGAUGGCCGUCCUGCCUUUUUGUUCUCAGGUCACAGUCUCUAGUUCUCCUGACGGUUCUUACACGGUGGUAUCAUGGUAUAAUGUGAAUAUUGUCAAAUGUAUUAACGAACACGACAGAAUAA